CCUUUAUCGGAGGCGCUCCGCUUGGUGGCGAAAUUGCGCUAUCGUCACGACCCCAUGACGCAGGAAGCACGCGUCGAGCCCAUUCUCUACUCCAAUCGACAGCUCGCUGAGUCUGAGGGUUCUGCCUCGCCUCAGCCGGAGGUUUCAGGACAGUCGGUGGUCGAGAAGGAGGCCGAGAAGGUACAGCAGCAGCUGAAUGACGGCGUGUUCGGUGGAACGAAGCAUUCGCUGCGGAAGCGGUUCGCGCAGCACCAGGCUGCGUUGACGGAGAAGGUAUCGCGGCUGCGAAAGGAAUACAUGGCGUUGCACGAGCGCUGGAUGGUUCACUGUGCGAAACUGGACGAGGUGGCGCGCGCCAGCGCACUCGAGGAGGCUGCUGCUACAGCAGGUCGUACUACGAGGCGCACGGCGGCCAUGGGCGACGCUGUCCGCUCGGAUCUUGAGAUGGAGCAGAUCCUGGCGAGCCUUGGCAACGAGGAGCUUACGGAUGCGAACCACCUCUCGCAGAAGAACGCGGCUGUCAUUCCGGACAUGGUCUCGGUGACGAAGGGCCGGGUGGAGUACAUCUACGACGACACGAACAACCUGGUCGAGGACCCGCACGAGUUCUACAAGCUCGAGACUGGCAUCGAUGACUGGACCGAAGAGGAGAAACAAAUCCUCAUCGACAAGUACGCGAUCCACCCGAAGCAGUUCGGCAUCAUCGCGGACUACCUCCCGAAUAAGACUCCUGCGCAAUGCGUCACCUAUUACUACCUGCACAAGAACACCACCAUCGACUUUCGCAAGAUCAUUGCACAGUACAACACCAUCGGGAAGCGGACACGUCGCGGUCGAAACGCCAAGCAGAAGGGCAAUGCGCUCCUCGCGGAUAUUCUCAAGCAUGAUGACGAGGUGUCGGGGAAUAGGGAUGGGACACUGAGCGCGUCUGGCAGGCGGAAGCGCGGCACCGCGGGCACGGCUACCCCAGUGCCUCCUGCUAGCACGAGCACCGAGGCGACCGACUCUGCUUCGACGCGAAAGGCCCCGUUAUCGAGGAGGGGCACGGCCCAGAACACCCCAGACCCCACGCCUACUCCGGAUCCCGAGCCUAGUGGGCAGAAGCGUCCUCGUCGUCGAGCGAAUCCCUCCGCGAAGGCUGCCGCUGCUGCUCUGGAGGCAGAUAUCCCCGAUGAGCCAGUGCCGGAGGAGGAGCGACCAGUGAAGCGGACUCGGAAGGGCCGUAAGAGUAAGGCCGAGCUGGAGGCGGAAGCCGCAGCUGCCGGAGAUGAGAGUCACACACCUUCAACUCCUGUAAUGGAAAACAAGCCCCCUGAACAACCGCAGCCGGAAGCGCCGCCGAAAAAGAAAUCGGGAAGUGGGUCUGGGAACUGGACCGAAGACGAUAGAGGCAAGUAUUAUCCGUAUCACUCCUCCCCGCCCCGAUUAGUGAUACAGGAGCCCCUGACAGCUCUUUUCCUGAAGCUGCUCGCCCAGCAUGGUGAUGAUUUCAAGCGUAUCGCUUCCUCUAUGGCGAACAAGACAACAAUCCAGGUGGCGGCGUUCUACCGGUCGCACUCGACGGAGAUGAAUCUAUCCAAGGUUGUGGCACAAGCUCCAAAGAGGUCUCCGACGCCA